GCGGAAGUCAAGGACAAGACGACCCUGAAAUUCGGUGUCGAAGUAAAUAUUAUCCCCGACAUAAGUUCCGGUCAGACCAUGUUAGCUUCCAGUUUAAAUAAAAUUACAUCUCUGUCUCGGUGUGGUGGUUAUUCCCAUGUGCAGAGAUGUUCAGGUGUCCUGUUCUCAGCUGGCUCCAGACAGUACUCCAAUGGAGGAGAGAAUGACCUGGUUGUGAUUGGGUCGGGUCCAGGUGGAUAUGUGGCCGCCAUCAAGGCUGCACAACUGGGCAUGAAGACUGUGUGUGUGGAGAAGAACCCUACACUGGGAGGGACGUGCCUUAACGUGGGCUGUAUCCCUUCAAAGGCCCUACUCAACAACUCCCACUUCUAUCACCUCGCAGUUGGCAAGGAUCUCAACAACAGGGGCAUUGAGUUUGAGGGUGUGAAGCUGAACCUGGAUAAGAUGAUGGCACAGAAAGACAAGGCAGUGAAGGGCCUCACUGGAGGAAUUGCACAUCUGUUCAAACAAAAUAAGGUGACCCACGUUUCGGGCCAUGGGAAGAUAACAGGAGCAAACGAGGUGACAGUUCUGAAGGAAGAUGGAAGUAACGAGAUCGUCACGGCCAAAAACAUCCUCAUAGCAACAGGGUCAGAGGUCACCCCAUUCCCUGGCAUUGAGAUAGAUGAGCAGACGAUAGUUUCGUCCACUGGAGCAUUAUCCCUUUCUAAAGUCCCUGAAAACAUGAUUGUCAUAGGGGCUGGGGUCAUCGGAGUUGAACUGGGAUCAGUAUGGCAGCGACUUGGAUCCAAGGUGACAUGUGUAGAGUUCCUUGGACACAUCGGGGGUCUUGGAAUCGACAUGGAGGUGGCAAAGAACUUUCAGAGGAUUCUCAAAAAGCAGGGCCUUGGAUUUAAGCUGGAAACCAAAGUAAUGUCUGCCACAAGGGACGGAGAUACAAUACGUGUCGCCAUUGAGGGAGUCAAGUCAGGGAAACAGGAGGAGAUGACAUGUGACACCCUACUGGUUUGUAUCGGACGUCGACCAUACACACAGAAUCUCGGUCUUGAAGAGAUGAGCAUACAGACAGACAACCGUGGCAGAAUUCCCGUAAACUCUCGCUUCCAGACAUCCAUACCCAGUGUGUAUGCGAUAGGGGACUGCAUCGCGGGACCUAUGUUGGCACACAAAGCUGAGGAUGAGGGCAUUAUCUGCGUGGAGGGCAUGGCGGGAGGCGCGGUACAUAUAGACUACAACUGUGUACCCUCAGUGAUUUACACCCAUCCAGAGGUGGCCUGGGUUGGCAAGACAGAAGAAAUGUUGAAAGAGGAGGGUAUAGCAUUCAAUGUUGGUAAAUUCCCGCUUGCAGCCAACAGCCGCGCAAAAACCACGGACGACACAGAUGGUUUUGUCAAAGUUCUUGGGGAUAAAACAACAGACAGAAUUCUCGGAGUGCACUUCAUUGGAUCAGUAGCAGGAGAGCUGAUCAACGAGGCAGUUUUGGCCAUGGAGUACGGGGCGUCAUGUGAGGACAUCGCACGAGUGUGCCAUGCGCAUCCUACCGUGGCCGAAGCAUUACGAGAGGCCAGCCUUGCGGCGUAUUCAGGCAAGCCAAUCAACUUCUGAAACACCCACCCACCACACAGCCAGAGAAAUAGGGAUCUGAGAGAUUACAAGUGCUAACAGCAGACAUGUGCUAUAUCAGCUGACAUAUUUUAGUACAUUUUAGUACCUUAAAACAAUUGAGCACAUGUUUUUGAGUGAAUGUUAUUGAAUAGACAAGAGUGAUUGAUGUGUUAUGGACAGCAUUGUUGCACUUCAUGUCAAAAAAUGAAUGGUAUAAAAUUUAUCCAAUUUUAUUUGUAUUUUCUCAGUAAACAAGUGUGUAAAGCUGACUGGAGAAAUUAUCAGUCAGCCUAGAUUUCAUAAGAAAUACAAACUUUGAAUAGUUCACAUUUGAUAAGAUAAUUCUAUUUGGCCCCAUUUUUACAUGUAAUUGUGUGACACUAUCACUGAUAAUGUUAAUGAUUCAAAAAGAAAGAGGUUCACUGAUUAUCUGAUCAUUUUUUAAAGGAAGUGUGAAGUUUUUCUCAAAGAUGUUAGGAAACAAGGAUAUUUUUCUAUUAUUGCAAACCAUUUUCCUUUGCCAUGUGAAGUGCUUUCACAUUGUUUUAGUGAAUAAUCGUUUAAAAAUGUUUAGUUUCAAAAUGUCCUGAUGCUGAGUUUAUCUUGGAAUAUUUAGCUUUGUAUUUAUGAUUGUUUAAAUUAUUACUAAAAUGGUGACAAUUUU